GUUUUCGAAAAUGCUUCGCAAGUAGACGGAUAUGCAACACUAUUCUUAAAGUUUGUUAACAUUACAACCAGAUUACUGUGAUUUGUACUUUAAAAUUUGCAUAGGUGAUCAAAAUUCGAGGGGGUGCAACAUUUUAGAUAUGAGAACACCGAAAUCUUCUUUAAUGAACCAGAAUUCUAUAUCUUUUGGUGAUUUAAUAGACUAUAUACCAAACCCACUGUCCAGAAUAAUAGACAAACUUCCGUCUAAAUUGUACUUGAAGAUCGAAGUUUGGGAUGCAGAUUAUUCUUUUUCUGAUUUAGAUGACCAUUUGACAACAUUUGAGGAUAAUGCAUACAUGUACACUGUGUAUCCAUUUGAAACUGGUGGUUCAUCACUCCUUUCUUCUUACCGUUAUCAUAAAAUAUCUCGAAAUAUAACGCAAGAUUACAUAAAUAUGUAUGUAGCAGUUUGGGCUGUUUGUAAUCGUGGCAGCUAUGGAAGUGACUGUAGCGUCAACUGCGUCCCACAAAAAAGAGUACGGCACUAUGGUUGUGAUAUUUCAACAGGUGCAAAGGUGUGUAUUCCUGGGUGGUUUGGUGAUGAAUGUAACAAAGUUGAUCACUGUGGUAUACUAACACCAUGUGGCCCCAUGGGAACGUGUACUAAUACUCAUGUUGGAUACACUUGCUCCUGUAAACUUAAUUUUACAGGACCACAUUGUUCAGAACCCCCGAAUCAAUGCAGUCCAUUACAAGAUUUUUGUCAAAAUGGAUUUUGCUUACUAAAGUAUCUUGAUGAAGGAAACAGGAGUUUAUCCAAUCCAAUUCCAUACUGUGCUUGUAUACCUGGGUUUACAGGCAAACGGUGUGAAUUGGAUAUAGAUGAGUGUUCAAUGAAACCGAAUAAUAAUGGUAGCAACAAAAGUAUUAAUAUCAACCACCAUAUAACAUCAUCUUGUAAUGUAAAUUCAAUGUGCGAAAAUCUCUAUGGAAAUUUUCGUUGUUUUUGUCAAAAUCAGUGGACUGGUCUACGUUGUAACACACCUCCAACUUUAUGGCCUGAUCAUUAUAAACCCAUGGUUAAUUCAAAUGGUUUACCUGACUUUAUAAAUUUUAAAAGAGUAAAUUUAUCAACCGUCUCAUUAGAAAACAACAAUGAUGACGUAAUAGUAAGAAAAGUAAUAUUUAUUUUUAAAACAUUUAAUUUUAUUGUCAGUACGUGAUUGCAGAGAUUGUUGAAUUACAUUGAGACCACGAUUUAAAUUAGAAAACUAUCGGAAACUGCAGGCAGUAGAUGACCGUUAAGGUCCAUUACGGGACUCUUCAGGAGUAAUCAUCCGCGACCCCGCUGCCGGGAAUCGGUCCCGAAACUUUUGUUUGUGGGGUCGUAAUGCUGAGGAGUUCUGAACUGAGUCGAAACGGCUAUCCAGUGCUUCCAGUUUUCAAUAGUAUUUCAACUUUCAUCGGUUUAUGAUUUAAAUGAAAUUGAAUUUUAUCUUAAACUCCAAUAUGAAUCUUGCAAGAGUAAUACCAAUUGUUUAAUUGUUUGUAGUUAGUUUACUUCAAGUACUGAUAUCAGCUUAAGAACUAUUGAAAAUCUGUUGUAUAAUCCUCACUUUGGAGUUCUCGAUAGUGGAAACUUACAACCACACUACAGAAUGGAAAGUUUGGAAACUUUAAGUUAGAGAGUCAAAAAUGAAUAUUUCACGAUUCGUGAUAUAGUAUGAUCAUUAUAUAACAUCAUCAAAUGAUAGCUAUGAAAUGGUGGAGAAGAUUUGUAUCUCAGAUGGAUGAUUUUGAUGGAGUUUUGUUCUCUGAGCUGGAUGUUUUGGUCCAGCUCAGCGAACAAAAUGCCAGCUGUCUCACAAUUGAUAAAGUGAAACUCUAUCAGUCAUAGUUCGGGAAUAAAGUUCCUGUAGAUUAUUCUGAAAACUUAUGGCUAGUGAGUAAAAGAUUAUCAUGAAGUUAAUUGGUUAGUGAAGAUCGUACAUUUUGAAAUUAUCACAGAGUAAUGUUUACUGUUUAUAUUGUGUUGAGAUAAUCAUGAAGAUUUAUUAGAUAAAAAAGAAGUACUAGAAAUUUAAAACAUACCAUUUCCUUAAAAACUGAUAAGUUCAUAAUCUUUUUAAUUACUUACCAUUGGUAAAAUAUUGUACUUUCAUCUGAACGUUAUAUCGGUUUGUUAUUUUAACUUUUUAUAAUUUGUAUUUUGUGUUUUAUUUAUGUGUCAUUUUCUGCUACAUUUAGCAACAAAUUUGUAUCUUAGAGUAAAAAAAUGAAAAAUGUGUGACAGAUAUGUUAUUACCUGUGUAGUGACUUACUUUUAUCACGAGAACACGAUUAGUUUAAUGAAAACAAUUAUUAUUAUAACCGAUUGUACCAGUGACUGUUUUACUGUGCUCGUUUGUUUAACUGUGCUAAAGACGGCUAUAUUACUGCUCCAUUAUCUUUCGACUAUGACCUUGCACGGGUUCGGUUACGCUCGGUAACCACGCUUGUACUCCUUUGGCACGACCUCGGUAUCCUUUCGAUACCACGUGAUCGCCAACAAAUACAUCUCGACUACAGACAUCAACUGCCUUUUGAUAUUUGGCUUACGGAGGAUCUUAUUGGUUAACUGGCACGUAGUCUUCUUGUAGUGGUGUUCAUAGUCAACCGCGACUCGACUCCACGCUACAUCUGUAAACUAAUACUGUGUCUAUACUCAAAUGCACUAAAAGAUGAAUAUACAUUUUGUUAGGAAAAUGUUAGUAACUGAAACUAUUAUAUAUCAUCUCUAGCUGAUAGAUUAUCGAAUUUUUAUCAUAUACGCUGUUUUCAAAAAGUUUACUUUCAUUGUUCCUUAACAUUGAUAUUAUUGGACUCAUUGGAAAAUAUUGGGUUAUUACUUGAUUAUUACUUACUCAAAUAAUGGCAUAUUAUUCGGUAUAGUUGAAUAGAAAAUAAUGUACUUACAAGAAAACUGUUAUACUAGUAGUCUGAGUCAACUAGUAAACCUAUCUAUUUUAAGGACUUUAGUAAAUGAAAGUUAUUUUCCAGAGAUAUAGUUAAAUUGAAUACAUAUCUUUUGAUUGAAUCUAUGUAGUACGUUUUUAAAAUCGAACCUACGAUAAUCUUAUUGAAAAUUUAUAAAAUUGAAGAUGGUUUUCUGACUAUAAGACAGAUUUAUGUUAGAUUAUAAAUAAAUCACUUGUUAUCUUCAGCAUUUAUAAAGACUUCAUAAAAGUCUAUUGAAACCCUUUUAAUUUAUCUAUCUAAUUUAUACUUUAAUUCCUGUUAUCCAAACUGAAGGAAAGAAGUUAAAAGCAUGUAUUAGUGAAUAUCAGUUACGUUUAUCAUAAAAUCUUUUAGCUAAAAAACUUAUCAGUAAUUAGUUUUAUACUACUAAUCUUGUGGAGAUUUUAGAAAUUUCAAUAGUUGAAAUCAUGAGUCAAUUAAAGCUAUACCAUCAUGGGAAACAUGGAAGCACUGAAUGGCCGUUUCGUUCCAGUAUGGGACUCCUCAGCAGUGCGCAUCCACGAUCCUUCCCCCCUCGAGAUUUGAACCCGGGACCUAUCAGUAUCGCUCGUCAGCACCUAACCAUUAGACCACUGAGCCGGCAUCCAACGGUGUUAAUGUAUAACUUCAACCAAUCCAUGGUGGUCUAGCUUCAACUGACUCAUGAUUUCAACUAUUUAAAAUUUUUACUUUUUCUUGCGAAAGUAUAGUUUAAGGACAAACUUGAAAAAAAACAGCGACAAACUUUUAACCGGUUAGUAGCCAACCAGUAAACAAUCUUUGUAAAGAAAAUAAUUUAUGGAAAACAAACAACAAUUAUAUUUAUAAUUGUAAAUCAAUUUUACAUAUCUACUGAGUCUAUUAAUGUAUUUCGCAUGUUAGUUUGCUUUUAAGUUGUAAAACAUCACACAUCAAUUCGUCCUUACAAAUACGAAUUAUCUGACCUCUCAAAGGAACUCGGCUUUCACUUGAUGACGAAACUCUGGAAGAAGUGGAAUCCUUCACGUACGUGGGAAGCAUCAUCGAUGAGCAAAGAGAACCAGAUUUAGACGUAAAGGCAAAGAAAGUGCCGCAUUCCUACAAUUGAAGAAUAUAUGGAACUCAAAACAGCUUUCAACUUUCAGUAUCAAAGUCACAAUCUUCAAUAUGGAUGUCAAGACAGUUCUACUAUACGGAGCUCAAACGUGGAGAACUACUACGACCAUCAUCAAGAAGGUACAAAUAUUUAUAAAUAGUUGUCUAAGCAAGAUACACAACAUCCAUUGACCGGAUACCAUCAGCAACACCAUUCAGCUUCCAGCUGGAGAGGGAAUUAGGAAAAGACGGUGGAAAUGUAUAGGACAUACAUCACGCGAAUCAUCAAACCCCAUCACGAGGCAAGCUCUAACUUGGAAUCCUGAAGGGAAGCGGAAAACGGGAAGGCCAAAGAACACAUUACGUCGGGAAAUAGAAGUAAAUAUGAAAAGGAUGAACAACAACUGGAAGGAGCUAGAAAGGAUUGCGUGGGACAGUAUUGGAUGGAGUCUGCUGGUGAUUGGCCUAUGCUCCUCCAUGAGGAGUAACAGACGUAAACUUAACUAAAAAUUAACCUCUCAGACCCUUGUGAAUACUCUAAUAGAUUUUUCUAAUAGAAUAAAGGUAGUUAUUCGGAGUAUAGUUUAAGAGUUUAGGUUUGGAGUUUUUAUCAAUAACUGACAUCAGCCAUAAUGAAAAAUUCUGUACGGACAAAUGGAUGGAUAAAUUAGUUUGCCUAUAACAUAUAUAGUACUAUCAAGUUAAGAUUUGUUUUAUGAUUGUGUUGAGGUUCAGAAUUUAAGGAUAGUGUUUAUUUAUCUUUUAUGUGUUACCUAGAGACAGAACUUAAAAUUUUAUAUUGUUCACUAUCAUCAUUGUUAUUCAGUUAUGGCAAAAAAGUAAUUGUCCACAAUCAUUUUAAAUAUUUUAAGGUAUAUAGAAAGAUAUCUCUUCUAUUUGUUAUAAAUGAUAGUUGAAUUUUGUACAAAGUUUAAAACUUACAUCCUCAAUUCUGAUUGACCCAUCCCGAUAACUAUUUCACUCGCAUAUUUUUUCUGAAAUAUCUUUAUCAUCUUAGGUAAUAGAAAAAGCAAAUAACAGUUGGAUAUAUAUGCUUAUCAGCGUAUUUAUUGUUCUGUGUCUUAUUUCAUGUGGAAUAUUAUAUUAUAUUUGUUGGAGACAAAAACGUUUAUGUGGUUUCUAUAGAAUGGGUUGGAAUCGUGAACCUAUAAUGUAAGUCGAUGCUAUUAUUCAAUUGUUAAUAAGGACUUUUAAAGUUUAAGUUUCAUUUACGCUAUACACACUUAUUUGUUAAAUGAGAACUAACAUGAUUGCAACAUUUGGGUAAAAUAUUUUGUCACGUCGUAAAGGUUUGCUUGAUUUUUUUUCAAAAAUAGAUAAUGCAUUGCUAGUGUUUUUUCCAUAUGUAUUUAUAUACCUCUCAUUGAUUACCAGUCGUAUUAUCAACAAUUCAAAAUGAGUAAUACAGAAGAAAUAGUUUAUAUUCAAUAACUGAGAAUUAAAGUUUACUGAGAAGCUUUGAAUGAUUAUCGCAAACGAAUCAGUGAAUGAAAACACUUUUAGUGAAAAAUUAUCUUCUUAGCUUCAUCAUCCAGUUCCUAGCCAACUGACAAAUAAUAAAGUUUAAAUGACAAGAAAAAAGAUAAAAUAGUAAAUUUUAUGCAUAAUGAAAAGUUUCUAAACACUUGUUCAUACAAUGUGAAAUAGACGAGAUCUAUAAGUCUACCAAGUGACUAAACAAUAACCAUUCUAACAUAAAAGGAGCAGAUUCAAUGUUAUCUAUGAAACCAACUUUAUGAUGUGAAUCACUUCAUAUCUGGCAGUCUAACCGCUGUAUUCAUGUGUGUUUACUUUAUUGUUGUCUAGUUGUAGAUUGUCACUCGACCUGUCAAUUACUUCGACUUCGAAAGUUUAAGGACAAUAAAUAAGGGGACUUUCAUAAGCAUCAGUUUCGAGUCAUAAAAAAAUACAUAGAGAUAUGAAAACCAACUCAGCCCUAAAAUCAAUUGGAGGGUAUGAAAAAUUGGUCAACAAUAAAAUGAUAGAUUUAUCUAGUACGAUAAGAGCAAUGAGGCAUCUAUCAACCUAAUCUUUCCUGAAGAGAGCCUUUUUACCUCAGAUUGUUAGGAGUUGAAGUCUAGUAAAUCUCAGUAAAGUCGGGAGUUUUGCUGCACAUGAAGAUCUCCUUGAUUAUGGUUUUUAAUACGAAGGUGAGGUUUUGACCACUAGUUGCUACAAUAU